AUGCAGUUGGUACCAACUGGUAAGUUAAAAACCCCUCCCAGCCGUAUCAUAAUAUUAUCUGAAUUUAAAUUAAGAUGAUCCUGAUGAGAAGCGAGGUUCAUCAAAUGGGAAUACUGUAGAUACAGUAAUUCAACAACAAUCACAACAAGUACAACAACAUGAAAUAAAAAGUGCACCGCGUGAACAAUGGUCCGGAAAACUAGAUUUUCUUCUAUCAGUUGUUGGUUUCGCAGUUGAUCUCGGAAAUAUUUGGCGUUUUCCAUAUUUAUGUUUUAAAAAUGGUGGUGGUGUAUUUCUUAUCCCAUAUACAAUUAUGGUUUUGAUGACUGGUGUUCCAUUAUUUUAUAUGGAAUUGUGUUUGGGACAAUAUUAUCGAAAAGGUGCGAUUACGACUUGGGGAAGAAUUUGUCCGCUAUUUAAAGGAAUUGGAUAUUGUGUGAUUUUGACGGCGUUUUAUGUCGAUUUUUUCUAUAAUGUUAUUUUGGCGUGGGGAUUGCAUUAUUUGUAUACUUCGUUUCAAAUGAAUUUACCAUGGGCGAGUUGUAAUAACUCUUAUAAUUCACCCGCCUGUUAUGAACCACAGUAAGUUUGGGAAGAUUUUAGAAAAACUCAAGGGUUCAACUAUUUGAAAUGACCUGUUUUCAAUAUUCUAGGCAUUUCUGCCUUUUCAAAAAUUCAAAGAAAAUCAAAAGCUCCUGCUUUGAAAUAAUCAGAGCGGGUACACUCUCAAAAAUCCUCGUAGUAAGUUUAUAUCAUUAUCAACACUCUUCUGAACACUCACUAUACGAAUCACAAAAAUAUAAGCGAAACGAGUCGCCGACAAUUCACAGGCUUUGCCUACUCAUAUAUUUUGUGUGUAUGCGUUUUCACAGUGUGUUGGCGCUAGAGACACGGUGUGUUGCCGCCGUAUUUUUUUCGAUUUUUUUCUGACUUCAGAAAACUUGUGAUUUUCUGAUAUUUGGAAAUUUCAAAACCACAAAUUGCCACGUCAUAACUAGAUUCAAAAAUCCAAAAUAAUUUUCAGUUGGUCCGAAGAUGGCAGCGCAGUUUGUCGUGAUCAUCAAAUCGAAGAAUCUGUCGCCAAAAUUUCAGCAGCCGAAGAAUAUUUCUAGUGAGCCUCUCUUUACCGGGCUCUUUUCAAUCAAUAUUUUUCAGCAAGGGUUUUUUGGGACUUCAUGGAUCAGGCGAGCCGAAUUCAAAUAUUAUUCGUGGCAUCGAUAAUCUAGGAUCAAUUCAUUGGGAUAUUGCGGUAACUCACGAAUCAAAUUCAAAUUUCAAAAAAAUUUUUUGUAGCUCUCACUUUUGGUGGUCUAUUUGAUUUGUUAUUUUUCAAUGUGGAAAGGAAUUCAGAUGAGUGGAAAAGUUGUUUGGUUCACCGCCUUGUUUCCAUAUUUGGUUUUGGGUGUUCUUUUUAUUCGAGGAGUUACACUUCCUGGUUGGCAAAAGGGUAUCGAAUAUUAUUUGCGACCGAAUUUCGAGAAAUUGAAAGAGCCUGGAGUUUGGCAAGAUGCUGCAACUCAAGUUUUCUUUUCUCUUGGACCUGGUUUUGGAGUUUUGAUGGCGUUUUCAAGUUAUAAUGAUUUUCAUAACAAUGUUUAUGUGUGAGUUGGGUGGGGAAAACAACGAUGCUCCGCUUUACGAAAUAACUGCGGAGCAUCGUUUGAACCAAGCCAGCUAGAUUCUGCAAUUUUCUAUUCCAAAAAUAUUGAUAUUUUUAGCGCACAAAAAUCAAAAUGAAAAUGAAUUUCAAACCAUUUCGUUCACGUAAAUAAUUAUAUUCACGUGAAUUCUCUCUCAUCUUUUUUUCUCCUCAUAUUCAUAUCCUCCUGUUUUUCCAGUGAUGCCCUUUUCACAUCUUUCGUCAAUUGUGCCACAUCAUUCCUUUCCGGUUUUGUAAUUUUCUCAGUUCUCGGCUACAUGUCUUGUAAAUCCGGAAAACCAAUCGAUAGUGUUGCACAAGAAGGUCCCGGCCUAGUUUUUGUUGUUUAUCCCGAAGCAUUGAGCACAAUGCCUUAUGCUCCAUUUUGGUCCAUUUUAUUUUUUCUGAUGUUGAUGACACUUGGAUUGGAUAGUUCGGUAAGAUUUUUCUCUUGUAGUUGGUAAUAAAUUCUGAAGUUUUGUAGUUUGGCGGAUCGGAAGCAAUUAUCACUGGAUUAUCUGAUGAGUUUCCAAUUUUGAAAAGACAUCGAGAGAUUUUCGUUGGUGCUCUUUUCUCACUUUAUAUGAUUAUUGGAUUAUCAAUGUGUACAGAUGUGAGUUUCAGGCUUAACUUCACUGAAACAAUAGACUAGUCUCAUACUUUAAAAAAUCUAAAUUUUUAUAUUUUAGGGUGGUAUCCUUGUUAUGGAAUGGUUAAUUGUGUAUGGUACAACUUGGGGUCUUUUAACAGCAGUUCUUUGUGAAGCAAUUGUAAUUUCCUACAUCUACGGAAUUCGUCAAUUUGUUCGAGAUGUCAAAGAAAUGAUGGGUUUCCGCCCAGGAUAUUAUUGGAAAUUCUGUUGGUGUUUUGCUGCUCCAUUCAUUUUAUUUUCAAUGAUUUGUUCAAAUGUCUUCAAUUUUCAACCACUUUCUUAUCAAAAUUAUGUUUAUCCACGAACUGCAAAUAUUUUAGGUGUUAUGUUUGCGCUGUCUGGCGCCUCUUUUAUUCCAAUUGUAGGCAUUUACAAAUUCACCAAAGCUAGAGGAAAUGGUAUUAAAGAGGUGAGCAAAAACCCUUUUUACCUAAUUUUUUUUCAAAAGGUUGAUGCCAACAGCAACCCACUUUUACAGUAAAUUCAAAAAAUCUGAAUUUUUUGAAUGUGAAACAAAAUUUUCUAGAAAUGGCGACGUGUCACAAUGCCAUAUCGAAAACGACCAGAUCAAACUGAAUAUAUUCCAAUUCCGACAACUCAGCCACAUUCUGAUAUCAUGCUUUAA